AUGUUUGGCAAGAGUAAGAACAGAGGUGGAUCCUUCACUGCAAGAUACUCAUCUAGAAACAAGUACAACUCACUAUCAAACAAUUAUGCGCUUAGCGCGCAACAGCUGCUAAAAGCCAGUAAGAUCGAUGACAUCGACUCGACGAUGGGGUUUGAAAGAUACGUACCGCCUCAAUACAAUGGGAAGUUUGAUGCGAAGGAUAUAGAUAUGAUUCCAGGUCGUGUGGGGUGGCUGACGAACAUGCAUGCGACGUUGAUUUCUCAGGAAACGUUAUCCGGUGGCGGCAAUACCGGCGGCAAUUCGAAUGAUGGGGAACGUGUAACGACCAACCAAGGUGUUUCUGGGGUCGACUUCUACUUUUUAGAUGAAGAAGGUGGGAGCUUCAAGUCGACGGUUGUGUAUGACCCAUAUUUCUUCAUUGCAUGUAACGAUGAAUCAAGAGUUAACGAUGUGGAGGAACUAGUAAAGAAAUACUUAGAAUCGUGUCUUAAAAGUUUACAGGUCCUCAAGAAAGACGAUCUAUCCAUGAAUAACCAUCUUUUGGGGUUGCAAAAGACGCUUAUCAAGUUAUCAUUUGUCAAUUCUAACCAAUUAUUCGAGGCCAGGAGGAUAUUGAGGCCCAUCUUGCAAGAUAAUGCCAACAAAAAAGUACAAAGGAACAUAUACAGUGCCGCCACAAGUAACGCAGACAAAGUUGAUGCUAAGCAUCUGAUCGAGGACAUUAGGGAAUACGAUGUACCAUACCAUGUGCGAGUAUCUAUAGACAAAGAUAUCAGGGUUGGUAAGUGGUAUAAAGUCACACAACAAGGGUUCAUUGAAGAUACUAGGAAAAUUGCAUUUGCCGACCCAGUGGUCAUGGCGUUUGAUAUAGAAACUACGAAACCGCCUUUGAAAUUUCCGGAUUCGGCAGUAGAUCAAAUUAUGAUGAUUUCGUAUAUGAUUGAUGGAGAAGGUUUCUUGAUAACAAAUAGGGAGAUCAUUUCUGAAGAUAUUGAAGAUUUCGAGUAUACGCCGAAGCCGGAGUACCCUGGGUACUUUACUAUAUUCAACGAGAACGAUGAAGUGGCGCUUUUGCAGAGGUUUUUCGAACAUAUUAAAGACGUACGACCAACUGUUAUCUCCACAUUUAAUGGUGAUUUCUUUGAUUGGCCUUUCAUACACAAUAGGAGUAAAAUUCACGGCUUGGACAUGUACGAGGAAAUCGGAUUUGCGCCAGACGCAGAAGGUGAAUAUAAAUCCUCGUACUGCUCUCACAUGGAUUGUUUCCGUUGGGUAAAGCGUGAUUCUUAUUUGCCACAGGGUUCCCAAGGUUUAAAAGCUGUCACUCAAGCUAAACUGGGUUAUAAUCCGAUCGAAUUAGAUCCCGAAUUGAUGACUCCGUAUGCAUUUGAAAAACCACAACAUCUUUCUGAAUAUUCAGUUUCUGAUGCUGUUGCUACGUACUAUCUUUACAUGAAGUAUGUCCACCCGUUCAUAUUUUCCCUUUGCACUAUUAUUCCUUUGAAUCCAGAUGAAACAUUGAGAAAGGGUACUGGUACUUUAUGUGAAAUGCUAUUGAUGGUUCAGGCCUACCAGCACAAUAUUAUUUUACCAAAUAAGCACACAGAUCCCAUUGAGAGGUUUUAUGAUGGUCAUCUUUUAGAAUCUGAGACUUACGUUGGUGGCCAUGUGGAGUCAUUAGAAGCCGGUGUUUUUAGAAGCGAUUUAAAGAAUGAAUUCAAAAUAGAUCCUACUGCCAUCGAUGAACUGUUACAAGAAUUACCACAAGCUCUAAAAUUUAGCGUUGAAGUAGAAAAUAAAUCAAGUAUGGAUAAGGUAACAAAUUUUGAGGAAAUCAAGGAGCAAAUAACGCAGAAGUUGAUAGAACUGAAGGAGAACAACAUGAGAAAUGAGCUACCAUUGAUUUACCACGUUGAUGUCGCCUCUAUGUACCCAAAUAUCAUGACUACUAAUAGAUUACAACCUGACAGUAUCAAAACAGAGCGUGAUUGCGCUAGUUGUGAUUUCAAUAGGCCUGGUAAAUCGUGUGCGAGAAAGCUAAAUUGGGCUUGGAGAGGUGAAUUUUUUCCAUCGAAGAUGGACGAGUAUAAUAUGAUUAAACGUGCUCUACAAAAUGAAACUUUCCCCAACAAAAACAAGUUUUCUAAGAAAAAAGUUUUGACAUUUGAUGAAUUAAGUUACACAGAUCAAGUUGAUCACAUAAAGAAACGUCUUACGGAGUAUUCAAGGAAGGUUUAUCACAGGGUUAAAGUAUCAGAAAUUGUUGAGAGAGAAGCCAUUGUUUGUCAAAGAGAAAAUCCAUUCUACGUUGAUACAGUGAAGUCUUUCCGUGAUAGACGUUAUGAGUUCAAAGGCUUAGCUAAAACUUGGAAGGGGAAUUUAUCCAAAAUUGAUUCAUCUGAUAAGCAUGGCAAGGAUGAAGCCAAAAAAAUGAUUGUACUUUAUGAUUCUUUACAGUUGGCCCAUAAAGUUAUUCUGAAUUCGUUUUAUGGAUAUGUUAUGAGAAAAGGUUCACGUUGGUAUUCUAUGGAAAUGGCAGGAAUUACGUGUUUAACUGGUGCUACCAUCAUUCAAAUGGCGAGAGGCUUGGUGGAAAGAGUAGGGAGACCGUUGGAAUUAGAUACUGAUGGUAUUUGGUGCAUUCUACCGAAAUCAUUCCCGGAAACUUAUUUUUUUACCUUAGAUAACGGUAAAAAGCUUUACUUGUCCUACCCAUGUUCCAUGUUAAAUUACAGAGUGCAUCAAAACUUUACAAAUCAUCAAUAUCAAGAACUAAAAGACCCGCUAAACUACAUAUACGAGACGCAUAGUGAAAACACGAUUUUUUUUGAAGUUGAUGGCCCAUACAAGGCCAUGAUCUUACCUAGUUCCAAGGAAGAGGGAAAAGGAAUCAAAAAAAGGUACGCUGUCUUCAACGAAGAUGGUUCACUUGCAGAGUUGAAAGGUUUUGAACUAAAGAGGCGUGGUGAAUUGCAACUAAUUAAAAAUUUUCAAAGCGAUAUUUUCAAAGUCUUUUUGGAAGGUGAUACGUUGGAAGAUUGUUAUGGAGCAGUGGCAAACGUGUGUAAUCGUUGGCUAGAUGUUCUCGAUUCACAUGGCCUCAUGCUAGAAGAUGAAGAUUUGGUCAGUUUAAUUUGUGAAAAUAGAAGUAUGUCAAAAACUUUAAAGGAAUAUGAAGGGCAAAAGUCUACCUCUAUUACAACAGCGAGAAGAUUGGGUGAUUUUUUGGGUGAAGAUAUGGUUAAAGAUAAAGGCCUACAAUGUAAAUAUAUUAUUAGUUCAAAGCCUUUCAAUGCCCCUGUUACAGAACGUGCUAUUCCGGUCGCAAUAUUUUCAGCAGAGAUUUCGAUCAAGAGAUCUUUCCUAAGGCGAUGGACACUAGACCCAUCUUUGGAAGAUCUUGAUAUUAGGACCAUUAUUGAUUGGGGCUAUUAUAGAGAGAGACUUGGAUCUGCUAUUCAGAAGAUUAUUACCAUCCCAGCAGCUUUACAAGGUGUAUCUAACCCUGUUCCUAGGGUAGAACAUCCAGAUUGGCUGAAAAGAAAAAUUGCAACAAAGGAGGAUAAGUUUAAACAAACAUCACUAAGUAAAUUUUUUACCAAGACCAAAGAUAUACCAAAAAUGGGCAAAAUAAAGGAUAUUGAAGAUUUAUUUGAGCCAAACUUAGAAGAGGAAAAUGCUAAAAUCAGAUUAGCUAGGUCCACCAAAAAAAAAACUGGAUCUAAAAGAAGGAGAAAUAAUCUAGGAAAUGAGGAAGAACCCCCAGUAUUGCCCUCAAAUAUUCCUUCAAUGGAUGAAGACUAUGUGGCAUGGCUAAAUUACCAAAAGAUUAAAUGGAAAAUUCAAACAAGAGAUAAAAAACGUAGAGAUCAACUGUUCGGUAAUACGAACAACGCGCGUGAAAGAAGUGCAUUAGGAAGCAUGAUCAGGAAACAAGCUGAAUCAUACGCAAACUCCACUUGGGAGGUCUUACAGUAUAAAGAAUCUGCUGAGCCAGGAGCUUUGGAUGUAUUUGUAACGAUUAACGGAAAGGUUCAGAAUAUCACAUUUCGCAUACCAAAAACUAUUUACAUGAAGUUCAAAAGUCGUACGAUACCAUUACAAAAGAUCAAAAACUGUCUCAUUGAAAAAUCUUCCGCAUUAUUGCCAAAUAAUGCAAAAAUAUCCAAUCCUACAGGUGGUCAACUCUUCAAAAUAACUUUACCGGAAUCUGUAUUUCUCGAUGAGAAACAAAAUUGUACGAGUUUCUUCAAUGAUAAAAAUGUACUUGGUGUAUUUGAGGGCACAAUUGCACCUCAUCAAAGAGCAGUUAUGGAUUUGGGUGCAUCAGUAACAUUCCGUUCUAAAGCAAUGGGUGCAUUGGGUAAGGGGAUACAGCAAGGUUUUGAGAUGAAAGAUCUUUCGAUGGCGGAAAACGAGAGGUAUUUGAGUGGAUUUUUAAUGGAUGUUAGCUAUUUGCUACAUUUUCCGACAUCAAUUGGUUAUGAGUUUUUUUCAUUAUUCAAGUCAUGGGAGAGCACCAUCACUAUACUAGUUUUGAAACCAUCCAAUCAAGCCCAGGAAAUAAGUGCUGCAUCUUUGGAACAGAUAUACAAACAAAUGUACGACAGAAAGAAGAUUAAAGUUAAAAAAUUCUCUUACUUGGUUGACAUCAAAGAAAACGUGAAUUUUGAAUUUGCGUAUUUUACAGAUAUUUCAAAACUUUACAGAAGAUUAUCCCAAGAAACUACCAAAUUAAAGGAAGAAAAAGGCUUACAGUUCUUACUUUUAUUACAAUCACCAUUCAUUGGCAAGAUUUUGAACGCAAUCCGUCUCUUAAAUCAGAUACCAAUUAUUAAGCUUUCACUAAAUGAAAUUUCCCUUCCACAACUUAAUUGGCAAUCAAUAUUGCUAAAAAAAUUAGUUAAUCACAUUUUAUCAAGUGGUUCUUGGGUUUCUCAUUUAAUCAAACUGUCUCAAUACAGCAACAUUCCAAUUUGCAAUUUGAAGCUAGAUAAUAUGGAUUACGUUAUUGAUGUUCUAUAUGCAAGAAGGCUAAAGCACGAGAACAUUGUGCUCUGGUGGAAUGAAAAAACUCCAUUGCCGGAUCAUGGUGGUAUUCAGAACGAUUUUGAUUUAAAUACAUCAUGGAUCAUGAAUGAUUCGAAAUUUCCCGAGAUCAAUAACUCAAACGUCUAUGAUAAUGUGGUACUAGAUGUUAGUGUUGACAAUUUGACAGUGAACACAAUUCUGACAUCUGUAUUGAUCAAUGACGCAGAAGGCAGCGAUUUGGUUAAUAGUAACACCGGUAUAGGCGAAGAAAAUGCUGACAGCAACUCUGCAUCUGACUUUGUGCAGGAUGCCUUUUCUAAUGACGCAUUAAAUGUUUUGAGAAGCAUGCUAAAGGAUUGGUGGGAUGAAGCUCUUAAGGAGAACGCGACCGCAGAUUUGUUGGUCAGCUCUCUAGCAAGUUGGGUUCAAAAUCCGAAUGCAAAAUUAUUCGACGGUUUGCUAAAAUAUCACGUUCAUAACUUGACUAAAAAGGCAUUACUCCAGUUAGUGAAUGAAUUUAGUAGUCUUGGCUCCACUAUUGUUUAUGCAGACAGGAAUCAAAUUUUAAUUAAAACAAACAAAUAUUCGCCUGAAACCUGUUAUGCUUACAGUCAAUAUAUGAUGAAGGCAGUUAGAACAAAUCCAAUGUUUAGUUAUUUGGAUUUAAAUAUCAAACGUUAUUGGGAUCUGCUGAUAUGGAUGGAUAAAUUCAACUUUAGUGGGCUAGCAUGUGACAAGAUAGAGGAAAAAGAAAAGCAGGAAUAUACUGCCUUUUCACAAUGGCAAUUAAAGAAAUUUUUAUCACCAAUAUAUCAACCAGAAUUUGAGGAUUGGAUGAUGAUAAUCUUGGAUAGUAUGCUGAAGACCAAGCAGAGCUAUUUACAAUUAAAUGUAGGGACGCAAAGACCCACUCAGAUAAUUACCGCUAAGAAGCAAGACAAAGAAGAUAGCGAUGAAAACUCAUUGAAUGGGUUCUCCCAUAUUUUUUCCAAACCUUUAAUGAAAAGAAUUAAAAAGCUUUUCAGAAAUCAGCAAGAAUUUAUUUUGGAUCCACAAUACGAGGCUAAUUAUGUUAUACCCAUCCUUCCUGGCUCCCAUCUGAACAUGAAAAAUCCGCUUUUGGAGCUCGUCAAGUCACUUUGCCAUAUUAUGUUAUUCUCACAGAGUACAACUCUAGAAAUACGAGGUUUAAGAAAGGAACUUUUGAAGAUAUUUGAAAUACGUGAGUUUGCUAAGGUAGCAGAAUUUAAAAAUCCAAGUUCAAGCUUGGUAGUGCCAGACUUUCUAUGUGAACACUGUUUCUUCAUCUCUGACAUUGACUUUUGUAGGGCAGCUACUGAAUCGAUUUUUUCCUGUGUUAGAUGCCAUAAAGGUUUUAACAAAGUAUUAUUACAAGAACACCUAAUUCAAAAGCUACGUGUCGAUAUUGAGUCUUAUUUGAUUCAAGACUUGAGAUGCUCCAGAUGUCACAAAGUGAAACGUGAUUAUAUGAGCGCACACUGUCCAUGUGCAGGGGCAUGGGAAGGAAGUAUUCCUAGGGUUUCCAUUGUCCAAAAGCUAAAUGUAUUCAAGCAAGUGGCGAAGUACUACGACUUUGAUCUAUUACUUGACUCCAUUUCUGACUUGAAUAUCUGA